AUGAUUUUUAAUUCUUUUCGAAUUCCUCAAAGUAAAGCAAUCCACUGUUACCUUUUAAUGAGCCUAUGGAUACUGCUCAUUGUUGUUAGCAUUUACAAAUUUUUGGAAACCAAACCAAAAUCGCCCGAGCCCGAAAUUAUAUCCAGUUCGUACACUAAUCUUGUAUUAGAUGCGAAAACUAAGAGAAUAUUCCGAAUAUGCAAUUUUCCUGAAGAUAUUACUGCAGGAGAUGAAGGUGCUGUGGUUGACAAAAAAUGGUUUCUUAAAGGUAUGAUAGUGUUAAUAAGGCAUGGAGACCGAGGACCGCUACAACAUAUAAAAAAGAUAUCUACUAUAAAUUGUGGCACAGAGAAUAACGAGUUGAUAUCUUCUUAUAAGGCUUAUUUGUACAAUCAGUCUCUUCCGGGAAAAAUAUGGGCUGGGCCUGGUCCCUUUCAUAAUUUUCCAUUUAUACCAGUUCAUCCCACCCAGUGCCACUUAGGACAAUUAACUAUGCAAGGCGUUUCCCAAUUACUGAAAUUAGGCGGUCUGUUGAAGAACAAUUACAAGCACGUUUGGACGAAAUUGGGAAAUUUGAAACCCAGCGAUGUGUUAAUAUACAGUACUCGUUAUAGACGGACGUUUCAGUCGGUUUUAGCAUUCCUCUAUGGUUUAAUUCCUCCGGAUAUUCUCGAAAAGGUUAAUAUUCACGAAAGCCAAAGCAUGAGUUUCUGUUUCAAAGAUUGUGGAUGUCCCGUUACCGAAAAGUUAUACAGAAAUGUUAAAAAAAGCAUAUCACACCAAUUGCAAUCGCAUCCAGCAGUAGCUGCGUUGGCUGAAUCAACCGGGACUUCUCUGUUUUCAGUUAACGGAGAACCAGUUACUAGUAGUACAGAUCCGCAUUUCAUUAGAGACGCUCUGCUAACGUUUGUAUGUCACCGAAACGGACUGCCUUGCGAUUCAUCCAUGAAUUGUAUACGAAGACAAAAUGUUGUUGGAAUAUUUGCUUACACAGACUGGGUGAACUAUCAGAAGUGGAGAAAUGCAUCAUGGAAGAGAUACUGCUUGUUAAAAUCUUACGGUUUAAUACGGCAUAUCGUCCAACAGAUGUUACAAAUGGUAUCUAACAGCGGUCCCUAUUUGGUGGUAUACUCAGGUCACGAUCACACAUUAGAACAGCUGAGUACCGCACUCGGACUACAAAACGAUCCGUUUCUAUUGAGAUAUGCAGCUCGUAUUGUAUUCGAAGUUUACCAGGAGCAGGAAGACUCCGAAAACAAUCAAGGUAUCUACUUGAGGCUCCUUUCGAACGGAAAGGACAUCACUAGACAGAUUAAUUUUUGUAAAAACAUUGUAAAUGUAGACGAUAAAGUGAAUCUAUGUAAGAUAGAAGAUAUAGUUAGAUUUUUACACGACGACUACUUUACAUCGUUGAACGUUACGAAUUUUAAAGAUGCUUGUUUGCGGUGA